GCAGGCGCUAUUUCCCUUACAACACUCUACGAUGUUGUUACGUGCACUGUGCUUGUGUGCGUGCGUAUAUGUGUGUGUGGCUGAAAGCGACGAUGAUACAGGUGAGCGGGAUGAUAGCGGCGAGUACAAUGUAACAAAAACAUACACACAGACAAGGGACGAUCUUGAAGACAGCGAAGAGCACAUAGGCGCGGCUGUAACGCAAGUCUACAAGCACCCUUACGCGGCGUCCCUGCUGAAAAACGACAGCUAUGUUUGCAGCGCGGUUGUACUCAAUACCUACUGGCUCUUGACGCUUUCUAAGUGCUUUGACUCGUUCGUAAUAUCAUCAUAUGUGAGCCACAAGUAUUUGGGCAACUACACAAUACGAACCGGCAGUAACUAUAACAACAAGGGCGGGAAUAUAUCUAAGAUAAAGAUGCUGAUAAACAACUUCGAUUUCAAAGUGUCAGCUGUGAAAGUGACGUCACAGCUUGUGUUCGACGACAGGGUUGGCGCUGUCAACUUGCCAAGUGUGGAUGAUGAUGAGGCCCUGGGAUACCUAGCUUCUAUAGUGGCAUGGACACCAUCGGGACACAUACGCGUAGUAAAUGCGCCAGUUAUAGACUCCGCAAUCUGUCAGCCGACCACGAAGCUGCUACCAGGGCAUUAUAUUUGUGUAGGAGGUGUGCAGGAUCCUAACCGCCAUUUUUGCCGGAAGGACAACGGCGGCGCCGUAAUACAGAACAACACUCUAAUCGCUGUCUCCGCUUUCCUUCACACCUGCGCGCUGUAUACAAAAACACACGCCUUCCCGAAAAGCGCUAGUUUCGCUAGAUGGCUCGACAGCGUUAUAUGGGAUGAAAACAAUCGACCUACAACAACUACGAAUGCUCCAACAACACAGACUACUGUUAUAACAAAUGUUACAGAGACGGUAGAUAGAAGCCCAUAUUUUGGUGAUCCUAGGAAGUUCAUGUUAACACUACCCUAUGAUCCUGUGAAUGUUCCUUUAGAACCAGCAGAAGAUAACUCGGUGAUACCAAGAAUGAGUCUGUACGAAUCUUACCUUCACAACUUGGCUAUGGCCAGAUCGUCGACACCGCAAUCUUCAACAUUGGUAGAUGAAAAGAAGAAAUGGUUUGAAAAGUUCGGCAAGACGCUGCUCAUGAAACAGAUGUAUCCGAAGAGAUAUGAAUAUGAUUAUAAUUAAUGCAUAUAAUUAUAUAUAUAUAUAUAU